AUGUCUAGGAAGCUGUCCCACCUGAUUGCCACAAGGAAAUCAAAGACAAUAGUUGUAACCGUACUUCUUGUUUACUCUUUGUUGUCGUUUCACUUGUCAAACAAAAGGUUGCUUUCUCAGUUUUACCCCAGCAAAAAUGAUUACAAGCAGACCCGUCUCCCUACGACUUCUCAUUCGCAGGAUAUAAAUUUGAAGAAACAAAGUGCAGUUAACAAGAAAGAGAAUCAAUUGCAUAAUUUACGUGACCAACUAUCGUUUGCGUUCCCAUACGACGCUCAGGCUCCCAUUCCGCAAAGGGUAUGGCAGACCUGGAAAGUCAGCACCGACAACAAAGACUUCCCCUCCACGUUCAGAGCCUAUCAAAAGACAUGGGCUGAUUCAUCUUCGCCGCAUUACCAAUACUCUCUGAUUCCGGAUGAUUCCAUUAUCCCAUUUUUGGAAAACCUUUACGCACCCGUUCCGGUAGUUGUCCAAGCGUUCAAACUGAUGCCUAAAAACAUCCUGAAGGCAGACUUCUUAAGAUACCUAUUGUUAUUUGCAAGGGGUGGUGUUUACUCAGAUAUGGAUACUAUGCUUUUGAAGCCAAUUGAUUCAUGGCCUUCCCAAAAUGAGUCAUGGUUACACAACAUAAUAGAUGUGAAUAAACCUAUUCCUUAUAAAAACUUAAAAGCCUCACCUCUCUCAAGCGAUAAAAUUUCACAACAGCCGGGGCUGGUUAUCGGCAUUGAAGCUGAUCCGGACAGAGAUGACUGGAGUGUAUGGUAUGCUCGUAGGAUCCAGUUUUGUCAAUGGACUAUCCAGGCCAAGCCAGGUCACCCGAUCCUAAGAGAAUUGAUUUUAAAUAUUACUGCAACUACUUUGAUGAGUGUACAAGACCCGGGAGUUCCUGUCAGUGAAAUGAUUGAUCCGAGGUAUGAAGAAGAUUAUAACGUAAACUAUAGGCACAAAAGACGUGAUGACGAGACUUACAAACACUCCGAAUUGAAAAAUAACAAGAAUGUUGAUGGUUCAGAUAUAAUGAAUUGGACGGGCCCAGGUAUUUUCUCUGAUAUCAUUUUCGAAUAUAUGAACAAUGUGCUACGGCACAACAGCGAUAUCAUGUUGGUCAACCCGAACCUAAACAAGAGCGACGAAGAAGGUAGUGAUGGCGCUUCCGCAUUGGCAGAAGAGUUUGAUGGCGGUGCGCUGUCCAAAUCAACAAGAAGAUUUUAUAAGAAAAUAUCAGAAUCUUUACAAUCAUCAAACUUAAUGCCCUGGGAAUUCUUUUCCUUUUUGAAAGACCCGGUUAUUGUUGAUGAUGUGAUGGUCUUACCAAUAACAAGCUUUUCACCGGAUGUGGGACAAAUGGGUUCCCAGUCAAGCGAUGACAAAAUGGCUUUUGUAAAGCAUAUGUUUGGCGGGACCUGGAAAGAUGAUGCUGAUAAAAAUGCUGGUCAUAAAUAA